GGCGCGAGCGGGAGGAGGAGCUGCGGCGCCGCGGCCCCUAGAGCAGGUCGGCGGCGCAGCGGGGAUCCGCCGACGGCGCGGGCUGCUGCUCCACGAGCGGACGAGGCACGGGCGGCCCAGGGACCAUGGAGCCCGGUGACGCGGUGCGCCCUGGUCCGUGGCGGGCUGUCCGGGCGCUGCCGCCGCGGAUGCUACUCCUACCGUUGCUCCCGUUGCUGCUGAGUAGGGGUCUGCGUGCAGGGGCCGCGGCCUCCUCUGCUGGGGCGGCGGCUGAGGACAGUAGCGCCAUGGAGGAGCUUGCAACUGAGAAGGAGGCUGAGGAGAGCCACCGGCAGGACAGCGUGAGCCUGCUCACCUUCAUCCUGCUACUAACCCUCACCAUCCUCACCAUCUGGCUCUUCAAGCACCGCCGGGUGCGCUUCCUGCACGAGACUGGACUGGCCAUGAUCUACGGGCUCAUCGUUGGGGUGAUCUUGAGAUAUGGCACUCCUGCUACCAGUGGCCGUGACAAGUCCCUCAGCUGUACUCAGGAAGACAGGGCCUUCAACACCUUAUUAGUGAAUGUCAGUGGGAAGUUCUUUGAAUACACUCUGAAAGGAGAAAUCAGCCCUGGCAAGGUCAGCAGUGUAGAACAGAAUGACAUGCUGCGGAAGGUUACAUUUGACCCAGAGGUGUUUUUCAACAUUUUGUUGCCUCCAAUUAUUUUCCAUGCUGGAUACAGUUUAAAGAAGAGACACUUUUUCAGAAAUCUUGGAUCUAUUCUGGCCUAUGCCUUCUUGGGGACUGCCGUUUCUUGCUUCAUUAUUGGAAAUCUCAUGUAUGGUGUGGUGAAGCUCAUGAAGAUUGUGGGGCAGCUCUCUGAUAAAUUUUAUUACACAGAUUGUCUCUUUUUUGGAGCAAUUAUCUCUGCUACUGACCCAGUGACUGUGCUGGCAAUAUUUAACGAACUGCAUGCAGAUGUGGACCUUUAUGCUCUUCUGUUUGGAGAGAGUGUCCUCAAUGAUGCUGUUGCCAUUGUCCUGUCCUCAUCUAUUGUUGCCUACCAGCCAGCAGGGUUGAACACUCAUGCCUUUGAUGCUGCUGCCUUUUUUAAGUCAGUUGGCAUUUUUCUAGGUAUAUUUAGUGGCUCUUUUACAAUGGGAGCUGUGACUGGUGUUGUGACUGCUCUGGUGACCAAGUUUACCAAGCUGCACUGCUUUCCCCUGCUAGAGACUGCACUCUUCUUCCUGAUGUCCUGGAGCACAUUUCUCUUGGCAGAAGCUUGUGGAUUUACAGGUGUUGUAGCUGUCCUCUUCUGUGGAAUCACACAAGCUCACUAUACCUACAACAAUCUGUCAGUGGAAUCAAGAAGUCGCACCAAACAGCUGUUUGAGGUGUUGCACUUCCUGGCCGAGAACUUCAUCUUCUCCUACAUGGGCCUGGCACUGUUCACCUUCCAGAAGCAUGUUUUCAGCCCCGUGUUCAUCAUUGGCGCUUUUGUUGCCAUCUUCCUGGGCAGAGCUGCGCAUAUCUACCCACUUUCCUUUUUCCUCAACUUGGGCCGAAGGCAUAAGAUUGGCUGGAAUUUUCAACACAUGAUGAUGUUUUCAGGCCUCCGAGGGGCAAUGGCAUUUGCACUGGCCAUCCGGGACACAGCAUCUUACGCUCGCCAGAUGAUGUUCACAACCACCCUCCUCAUCGUCUUCUUCACUGUCUGGAUCAUUGGUGGAGGCACAACACCUAUGUUGUCAUGGCUUAAUAUAAGAGUUGGUGUUGACCCAGAUCAAGACCCACCGCCUAACAAUGACAGCUUUCAAGUCUUACAAGGGGAUGGCCCAGAUUCUGUUGGAGGAAACCGGACAAAGCAGGAAAGUGCAUGGAUAUUCAGGCUGUGGUACAGCUUUGACCACAAUUACUUGAAGCCCAUUCUCACACACAGUGGUCCCCCGCUCACCACUACUCUCCCUGCCUGGUGUGGCUUGCUGGCUCGAUGUCUGACUAGUCCCCAAGUGUAUGAUAACCAAGAACCACUGAGAGAGGAAGACUCUGAUUUCAUCUUGACUGAGGGUGAUCUCACCUUGACCUACGGAGACAGCACAGUGACUGCGAAUGGCUCCUCAGGUUCCCACACAGCCUCCACGAGUCUUGAGGGUGCUCGGAGAACAAAGAGCAGCUCUGAGGAAGUGCUGGAGCGAGACUUGGGGAUGGGAGACCAGAAGGUUUCAAGCCGGGGCACCCCUCUCGUGUUCCCACUGCAGGAAAAUGCAUGACUUUCCCAUAGCCCCAGAAGCAAUGGGGUCAGCCUUGAGGGGGAGUGGUUGAGGAUGGCUGCAACCCCAGUGUUUGAGGUGGGGCAUUGACUGGAUUGAAGUAAUGCUUCUAUUUUAUCAGGGUCUGAAGCUAUCUUAACACUGAAAAUUUAACCCAAGUUGCAGACAGUGAAGAUAAAGUGUCACUAAGAUUAAGACAAAUAUUCCCACUUUUUCACAUAGUGUGCUGUUUUGGAAUUAAGCAAACAAAAACAUAGCAUGCUUUAAUGGUCUUUUAAUUCAUCAACCUGCAACAUCUGUCAAAGAUGGGGCGGGUAUUGGGAUUCUUACCAGGACAGGCUUCAGCCCCCUACUCAGCAGUGCUGUCUGUCUGGCUGGAGGGAUAUCAGGUGAGGGGAGAGCAUGCUGUAAAAAAGACCAUGAAGGAAGGCAGUUAAGGCUGGAUCUCCAAGAAUUAUGCAAUGCUAGAAAAAGCUGUUUGAGUGGAGACUGGCAGUAAAGGCUAUGGGACCACAUCCUUCUAUCAGGACUCCUGACUCUCUGCUAUCUGUGUUUUUUUAGGCUAAAGAAUAGAAAAUUUAUCUGUGAACAUUUUUCAGUAUGGGGGGAAGAAGUACAGUUCUUUCUCUAGAAAUCUCCAUAAGGAAGAAGUUAUGAAAUAUUUAAAACCAAAGGCAAAUAGUGUUAUAUUGUUGUUUUGAAGAUUAAUCUGAGGCUAGGAGAUAUUUAGAAACUGAUAAUAUUGCUACAGAAAUCAUUCAACUUUCGAGGGCUAGCAUGUGAGCUUGGGAAAUGAUUAGUAGCACUGAGUUACCUACUGUGAGGGAACAGUUGACACCAACAUUUGUAAGAUGAUUCUAUCUAGGGAAGGAAGGAAGCAAGAAACUGAAGAAGCAAUAGGCUAGUAGUAAGAGGUGAAAAAGUCUGAAAAAAAUCACCCGUAAAGAAAAACGAUAUUGUAGUCUCAAGACUGGGUUAGAUUCCAAACUUUGAGCUGUUGUGUGCAUGUGGUUUCAGUGACUACACAAGAAAUUGGAGGCAAGGCAAUGGAUGGUUAAGCAUUAUUUGACCCAGUAGAAAGUUAUGUCUUCAGUCAGAUUAAGCAUCCACCUUUUUUGAUACCAGGUGCCACACAGAGCAAAGUCAUAUUUUGGACUCUCACACCACCUUAAUGUGUAGAUGUGGUUUGAAAUUUAGGUUUUUAGUUAGCAUUCUUUCUGGGAGUGUUACUCUAUUUGCCCACACCUGUAAGAAUGCUUGGGAAACAUUUGGGGCCUCCUUCCCCCCAUCUCUGUGCUUCAGCACUAGCAUUUUUGGAAAACCAGUUUCUUUACAAAAAUGCUUUCAUAACAAUGCUGGCAUUUUGCUCCUUAUGGCAGAUGAAGUAGUGUCCCAGUCUAGCACACCCAUAAUGAAAUUAGGCAUUUGACCUUCUUAAUGCACAUUUUUUGAUGGUUAGUUUUUCCCCUUAGAGACAGGGCCUUGCUGUAUUGCCUAGGUUGCUCCAGGUCCCCUGGGCUCAAGCAAUCCUCUUGCCUCAGACUCCUGUUUAAACGAGGACUGCAAGUAUGUCAUAUUAUUCCUGGGUAACUAUUAUUUUUUAAAAUAAUCUCUCGCUUUACAGCUUUCUGUGUUUGAAUUGGUAGUUUGCACAAAUAAAAAAUUUAAUGACAUUGAGCCAUGUGAAAUUGCUUAUAUUCAACUAUUUUUAAAACUCAGAAAUGGCAGUUUCAUAUACAUAAAUAUAUGUUUGAAUGAAUCUUAUUGCCUUUUUCCUUUCUACUUACAGUAAAGUCCAUUUUUUAAAUUUUAUGGGCCUCAAUGAGCUUUGUAGGUUUGAAUGAACCUAAACAACUGGCCGGGUGUGGUGGUGCAUGCCUGUAAUUACAGCACUUGGGAGGCUAAAGCAGAAGGAUC